UUUCCAAAGGCGUUAGGUACAGAAUUUCAGCGGGCGCACUUGCAUAAUUCUGGUAGUAAAUAAAAAUAUGUUGCAGGCGUUGAAGACUCUCCGCUGGGCACAGCCAGUGCGGGCGCUAUCCGCAUUAACCACCAGUGCCGGCACACAACCAAAUGUCUCACCCACGACACCUGCACCAGAGCCGGACAAACUCUACAGCAAACUGGAGAUUGAGCUGCGUGGGAUUGAUCCUGCGGUUCUGAAGAGCUACACCUGGUUCGCCACCACGGCCGCCGACCAUUUGGGCAUUGAGAAGGGAAAAUGUUGGUCUCCUCGCAAGGCGCACCACGAACGGAUGACACUCCUGAAGUCGGUGCACAUCUACAAGAAGCAUCGCGUGCAGUACGAGGUGCGAACCCAUUUCCGCUACAUGAACUUCCACAAGCUGACGGGCUCCACGCUGGACACCUUUCUGGAGUACAUCGAACGCAACCUGCCCGAGGGCGUAGCGCUGCAGGCUUCCAGGACGGAGCUGCAGCAGAUCCCGGAGCAUCUGCGCCAGCCGCCGGAGCAAGUGUAGCCAAGCCCAAAAGAACCGUAGCCCCUAGUUAUUAAUAGUUUCAGCAGGAGCUUGAGAUUAGGCUGAUAAAAACGUAUAGUAAACUAACCCAAUCCAGUAAUCGGACGGAAUCGGGGCCCCGCCCGCGAUUAGCGAAGAUAAGUGUUUGGCAAAAUAUUGAAAUAAACAUCGUAUCUUGA